AUGGCUGGUCCAGCGGAGUAUGGCGGGGCUCUCCCUCAGCUACAGCCAGACCAAGUCCCCCUGCUCCUCAAUGCAAUCGAUAAACUCCGAGGCAUGGGUGUUGGUGAGUCUGUUGGCUUGCCACAGAUGAUUAUCUGUGGUUCCAAGUCCAACGCUAAACGCUCUGUUAUCGAGGCAAUUUCUCGCGUCGGCUUUCCAGUGAGAAAUGAUUUUCACAAUGGUUUCGUCACGGAGAUCAUAUUACGUCGCCAUCCGAUUACUCGCUUCCAAGUGAGCAUCGAGCCUGGUCCGUCGAGAAAGAGCAACGAAGACCUCCAGCGACUCAAGCCACUGGUGGCCACUGCUCAUCCCACUACUGAACAGUCAGUAUCACUGAUUAAGAAGGCUACUGGAUUCAUUAGACCCUCCGCCGAGGAUGGAUUCAGUGACGACGUCAUGAGAGUCGAGCUUUCCGGUCCCGAUCAACCUAACCUGACCCUUAUCGAUAUGCCCAGGCUCUACUUCACAGAAGGCAUAGACGCUGGAAAUCGAGGCAAGAGUGUUGGUCGUCUUCGAAUUGAGAAAUACGUGUUGAAUGCACGCAGCAUCAUCCUCGCUGUGGUAUCCGCAAAAAUCGAUAUUUGUGCUCAAAAGAUAACUGAUUUCGCGGACAAGUAUGAUCGAGAACGAAAACGGAUCUUGGGAAUUGUCACUCACCUCGAUACUCUCGAGGAAUCGUCAGACGAGGAAAAGUUAUGGCUGAAGGCUGUCAAAGAAGCAACAUCCGAACCGCCGCUGGGUUUGCAUUUGGUGUGCACCCGAUCGUACGAGACACGCGAGGUGCCAGAUGAAGAGAGAGAUGAGAAGGAGAAGGAGUUCUUCGAGCGAGGAGACUGGAAAACUGUGCCAAGACAAUCCAUAGGGACUGACAAUUUGCGGCGUCGACUCAGUACUCUUCUUGUGAAUCACGUUCAAAGCAGCCUCCCUGGCCUGGUUUCUGAAAUUGACAAAAGGACUCUGAAGAUCCAAUCGAGGCUGUCCAAGCUCAGCACUCCUCGAGAGACGAUUCAUCAACAAAAAGCACUGCUUUUCAAUUUGAGUAGCGCUUUCCAGCGCAUAACCGAACAAGCAUUGACUGGCAUGUACACAGACAACUUCUUUGCUACCCCAGUUGAUGAUGGCAAACCUACGGCUCGUGAACCUCGACGUCUUCGUGCUAUCAUUCAUGACUUGAACGAGCAUUUCGCAGAUGUAAUGGAAAUUGCCGGGUGUCGUCAAUUCAUUCAUGGGGUCAACAACCAGAUCACCCCGUUACUGCACCCUUGCAACCCCUAUGCAAAUAUCAGACAGCCUGUGCACAGGAGCCGCUCAGAGUUCGAACUUGAGGUCAUGGAACAAAUGCGCCGCGAUAGAGGAGUUGAAUUUCCAGGGAACGCCAGUCGGCUACUGGUGGGUAACCUGUUUCGAGACCAAUCGCAGCCCUGGGAUGAAAUCGCUCGAGCCCAUUUGAUGAAGUCAUGGGAGACCACCCAGGACUUUGUAUCGGUUCUACUAAACCACCUUACGGAUGAACACACCUCUACGGCAAUAAUGAAAACUAUCAUUCGACCCCAGCUUGAUAGAAUGCAAGACAGUCUCCUGGCCAAGGUAAAUGAGUUGACUGCUUCCCACAAGCGAGGGCAUGCAUUGCCUCUUGAUCGAAGCUUUCUUGCCAAGAUGCAAAAGUCCAGGAAUGAUCGCCUGCUGGCCGACCUUCAACAGAACCUUUCUUCGACUCUAAACAAUACCUUCACUAUUGAAGAGCUGAAGGCGGCCACUCAGAACAUGGAAUCAUCCAGCAAUCUGUCCGUAGCCUCGGACAUCAUCGACCAGUUGCAAUCAUACUACAACAAUGCUCUUUUGAUCUUCAUGGACAACAUUACAACUCUCGCGAUCGAAAAUUGCCUUCUCGGCCCUCUGAAUAGCGUCUUGACAACUCAGACCAUCACCAACAUGGAAGACAGCCAGAUCGAGGAGCUUUUCGCUGGUGUACACGAUGGUGUACAGAAUUCGCGAGCCGAUCUGAGUAGUGAGUUGAAGAAGUUGGAAACUGCGGUGCGAGCAUUGAAUCAAUUCAAGAUUGCAAAGGAAACACUCCCAUAUAUUGGAGCAACCAAGCCGGCUGGAUUAGGGCCAGCUCAUGGGCGUUCAUCUCUCCAAUCAUUCCUCAUACCCCAAGGAAUCCUGCGCGAUGGCGCAUCUGCCAAUCCUUUCGGUGUACUAUGUGUGGAUUCUAGAGUUCAAGGCCAGAAUGGAACGCCCAGGUAUCAACUUUCAUGGCCAUACAGCCCGGCGUCCGACAUGCAGAAUCCAAUCACGUCUUGCCCUAGUGGUCCAUUCGGCUCGAAUCCCGGUGCGGUAAAUCCUGGGAUGGCGAGUGCUCCAUCUGUAUCUUUCCCGGUUGCGAACCCCAAUGCAAGCUCUUCUGGUGCACCUGCAUUCUCCCGGGUUACACUUCCGCUUCCUCAAACAUUUUCGCCUAGCUCGUUCUGGUCUCCCCGUGCUCGACCUAGUCUAUUCAGUACACCAGACACCCGCGACCACGAUCAGAACUGGUAUUGGGAGGAGAAGGUUGUUUGCGAUACUGGCCUCACCAUGAACAAUCGGUACCAUUCAAUCUGUUACCACGACAAGUUCAAAUGUUUCUCUCCAGAGGAGCUGCGAUUGGCUGACUAUAAGCUCGGCCGUGAGACACCCAGACAGCCAGGCUCUGGAGCAGCGCACCGUACUGCGGAAGAGCGACGUAUCGCGAGUGUUGCGAGACGCCUUGAAAGAGGUGAGGGUGUAACAAUCAAGUUCCCAUCUCACAUUGAGAAUCGUGGAAAGUCGACAUAA